GAGUACUGGGAGGCGCAAGCUGCUGUCGCGAAGAAGUGAGGUGCGCUGCGACCGGUGGGGCUCUUUACCUACUUAUGCGCUAGCAGCCUGACCAACCGAGUGAGCCCUCACCUUCACUCCCAGCAUUGCUUGCAGCGACCAAUUGAUAUCGCAUCAAUCACGUUUCUGAUUGCGAGUUACCGAGUUUCUAUUUGGUACAAUAGUAGGAGCUGAAAUCUUCUCGCGCACACGACAGAGCACUCAAUCAUGGGCGAAGUCGAGAAAGACCUGAAGCAAGAUCCACCAUGCCACUCGCGAGCUUGUGCGAUUCAAAACUGCAUACAAAAGAAUAACUUCGACGAAGGCAAAUGUCGAAAGGAGGUCGAUGCUCUGUAUGAGUGUUGCAAUGCCUUCUACAAAGAGCGGGGAGACGACGCAAGAUGCGUGACAUGCCCUAAACCAGAUUUAUUGAGAAUCAAAAUGAAGCAACGAGCUCAGGGCAUAUCAUAGCCUCUCAAGAGCGGGUUUUAUCACAACACGCCACGAUAAGCUGAUGAACCAGCGUCACAUUAUGUACAACCGCUAUGAUGCAAUUGUACCGAAAUGUACGAAUAAGUGUUGUUAAGCGACAAUCAUUGUCCGGUGCUCUUUGGAUAUCCAUCCAGCGAAUCUACUCUGUUAUAUCGAGAACGCAAGAGCACUUCAGCGCCAGAUUGCCAGGCCUCCAAGUUUCAAAGAAAUCGGUGACGAUCACGAUGAUCAUUGUGUGUGAACACGUGGUGAAUACCGGCGAGAAUGAGAACAGCCGGAUAGAAGUCAGGUCAACGGGAGGUAGACAGUACUGAUUUGCGACUCUUUCGCAGUCCGAAGAAUCCUCUGAUGUCGUCAAAAGGUC